AUGCAGCGUAGUAGGGCGAGUCUAUGCCUAACGGCCCUGCAGCUCUUCGCCUUGGAACGGCGGAAAACGACAAUAUCAUACAAGUACUUCGAGGAUACCUCCAGCUUGCGUGCCGCUUUUAAUCGCCUUGCAGAUGCCGAGAAAGACACGCUAGAGCAACAUGCGGCAGCUCUGCGACAUGAUGUGGCAUUACAACACGUUUGGGAAUACGAGCAAGCCGAUGUCGCCACCAAUAACGUCCAAGUGGAGAAGAAAGAUACCGAAAUAAAUGAAGUCAAUGACACGCUGGAAAAAGAGAACCACAGCAGCGCUGAGCAUUCCUUAUGA